AAGUGUCAUCCUUGAUUGUCUCGCUGCUGAUGGACGGAGAAGGAUGACAACUCUUGGCCAACCAUAAGAAUAGAUGUCUAUUCAUGUUCAGUCAACCAUUUCUCUGCACCGGAAGGUGAAGAAAGGCUACCGUUUUCCUCAUAUACAAAUAGCAAAUGGGUCAAGCACACAUUUAGCUUCAAGCCAGUCUCAAACUCUUUUCAUUUUCUCUCAUUAUUGAUGAUUUAGGCAUUUUUCCCUGUAAUUGAUUGACAGUUUGCACAAUUCUCAGUUUCGCACCAUGCCUAUGUUCCCAACCACGCAAGUUAAAUUUCCAGUAAAAGAGCCAUGCAUUAAUGUGCCAACAGACCAAUAAUAUAAAACCAGGUCCGAUGUUACCCUAACUAGCUAUACCAUCUUCUCCAAAUUUCUUCGGGCCUCCUCAUCAACUUGAUAUAGAUAUACAGAAAAGUCCGCAUUUCAUCCAUCGUUAAAUUUUUGGUGCUCCGCAUAAAAGGUUACCCUUGCUACUAUUUUAGCCUCUUUUUAAUUUAGUAUCUGCUCAGGUCCAAAACCUAAGUCGGGCCAUGGGCAGUACUGGAACACACAUUUUGGUCUUCCCUUAUCCAGCUCAAGGACACAUGAUACCCAUAUUAGACCUAACCAACCAGUUAGCCACCACUGGCCUAACCAUUACCAUCUUGGUCACCCCAAAAAACCUCCCUCUCUUACACCCUAUCCUCUCCACACACCCAUCAAUCAAAACUCUAGUCCUUCCUUUCCCUCCACACCCUUCAAUCCCACCUGGGUUGGAGAACGCCAAGGACUUGCCUGCAAACUAUGUUCCUUUCAUAAUGCAAGCUCUGGGUGAACUCUAUGAACCCUUGCUCAACUGGUUCAAAUCUCACCCUUCUCCGCCCUCAGCAAUAAUAUCUGAUAUGUUCCUUGGAUGGACCCAGCACCUGGCCUGUCGGCUCAACAUCCGCCGUAUCGUGUUCUCACCUUCAGGUGCCAUGGCGUUAUCCGUUAUUUAUUCCCUGUGGCGCGAUAUGCCUAAGGUAGACCAGAAUGAUCACCAGUUGAUCUUCUUUUCGAAGAUUCCGAAUUGUCCAACAUUCCCAUUGUGUCAGGUUUCUCCUAUGUACCGGAGAUACAUUGCAGGGGAUCCACUUUCGCAAUUUAUCAAGGAUGGGUUUCAAGCUGAUAUAGCGAGUUGGGGUCUUGUUUUCAACUCAUUCACUGAGUUGGAAUGCGUUUAUUUGGAUCAUUUGAGGAAGGAGUUGGGUCAUGAUCGUGUGUGGGCAGUAGGACCUUUACUUCCUCCUAAAUAUGAUGCACCUAAGACUAAAGUGAGAGUUGGGCCUACCCCUGUUUCUGUAGAAGGUGUAAUGACUUUUCUUGACACGUGUAAGGAUCACAGUGUGGUUUAUAUCUGUUUUGGGAGUCAAACUGUGUUGACAAAUCAUCAGAUGGAAGAGCUUGCUUCAGGAUUGGAAAAGAGUGGGAUCCACUUCAUAUGGUGUUUGAAGGAACCCACAAGGGCGCACGAUGGAGGAGGGUAUGGCAAGAUUCCAUUAGGAUUUGAAAACAGCGUCGUUGGGAGGGGACUUAUAAUAAGGGGAUGGGUCUCACAAGUUUUGAUUCUGAGUCACCGAGCUAUUGGUGCAUUCUUGACUCACUGUGGUUGGAACUCGAUCCUCGAAGGGAUAGUAGCUGGAGUACCAAUGCUGGCUUGGCCCAUGGGAGCUGACCAAUUUACCAAUGCUACUUUAUUAGUUGAUGUUUUGAAGGUGGGUAUAAGGGUGUGUGACGGUGCUAAUACUGUGCCUAACUCCGAAAAGUUGGCGCAAAUGCUAGUGCAAUCGGUGAGUAAGAACCCAGUUGAAAGAGGUCGAGCUGAGCAACUUAGUUGGGCUGCAUUUGAUGCUAUUAAAGGUGGGUGUUCCGUGAAAGAUUUUGAGAGUUUGGUGAACCAUCUAGUCGCAUAAGAACUACUAGAAAACUAGAGAUUCAUAGGAGGUCAAUGCAUAUAUAUUCUCUGGAUUAAUUUUUAUAUUAAUUCAUUUCAUUUUAA